UUAUCCAGCUUCCUCAUACUGGAAGCAUGUUUCUUUCGUGAUUGGUGCUAUUUAGAAAAGUUACCCUAAAACGCAGGCGAGGUCAUAACACUCUAAACAGGAAGCUUCCCCCACUGCUGCUGAUCUCAUUGAAUCUUAGCCAGAAUAACCCUCUCUCUUCACAACAAACAGAGGAGCAACCUCUGGCAGUGUAAUCAGCAGGCUGCUACAGCUGCAUUAUAGCAGGAUCAGAUUGCAUUUUUCCCAUUGUAUCUCCCUCACUCCCAAGUCCUAUCUUCAACAAGAAUUGAUAGCAGAGAAGCAAGCUCAACAGGCUUCAGGAAUUCGCCAAUUCUCUUUCAAAAGAACAGCUUACAGGAAUUUGGUUGAAAGAUGAAAGAAAUGAAGAGAGGCUGUUUCUUAGUUACUACCUUACUCCUGUUGUUGGGCUGUGUCCCAUGGCAUGUGACUGCAGACUCAAAAGAUGGAGAAGACGACCAGGACAUUCCAGGUGCUGCUUUACCACCACUGAAGCUCGGAAAUUCAAUCUGUGCUUUGAAGGCAGAUGGCGGUGAAUGUAAAGCAAUAUAUACAAGGUAUCACUUCAACAUUCAAACCCGCCAGUGUGAGAUGUUUGAAUACGGUGGAUGCCAUGGCAAUAAGAACAACUUCUUAACACUAGAAGAAUGUCAGGAGAUGUGUGUGGUAUCAGAAUUCCCAGUGAAGAAAACCCGUGGAAGAUUUGGAAAAGAAAAGCCCAACUUCUGUUUUAUGGAACAAGACCCUGGAAUCUGCCGAGGCUAUUUUUCCAGAUAUUUCUAUAACAAGGAGUCACAGCAGUGUGAAAAGUUCAAGUAUGGUGGAUGCCUGGGAAAUCAGAACAACUUUAAGGCCUUGGAAGAAUGCCAGAUUGCCUGCCAGGACAAUACAAAUUCACUGCAAUUAGACCAACAUGCAGAACACCCCAUCAUGAUGAACAAUAACUCUCCCGUUGCAAAGCCCAGUGAGUUUCCAAGGCUUUUGGAACCACCUCCUCUCCCUUCUCUCUGCAUGACUCCUGCGGAUCGAGGCCUUUGCAAAGCCAAUGAGAAAAGAUUCUUCUAUGAUCACUCAACUGGAAGAUGCCAUCCAUUUAGCUACAGUGGGUGCGGUGGGAAUGAAAAUAAUUUCACCUCUAAAAGCUCAUGUCUGAGGACCUGUAAGAAAGAUUUCAGUAAAAAACAAGGACGAAGACGUUUAUUGAAAAUCAGGCGAAAAAGAAAGAAACAGCCAGUGAAGGUGAUGGAAGAUGAAAUCAUCAUUGAAAGGAUAUAACUUCUGCUAUUUUAAAAGAGAAAUGUGAACUACUCCAUUAUCUUUCAUCUGUGAAUGAAAGCAUUAACGACAGCAUUUUGAAACUCCUUACUGUACUGAUCAUUUGAUUAUACAUUAUUAGACGGCUUAUCUAUUUUGUUUUGUAUUCCUCUUUCAUGCGUGCUAAGCGAUCAGCAUUUAAUUUUUCUCUGAUAAACUUAGUUAAGAAUGCAGUUUGGCAAUGUACACUCACCAACAGAGCUGAUGUAGGACAAAACAGACUGUGGGGGUAUAUCUGAGCCACAAUGAUUCAAGAUCAGGCAGGCUUCACCUAGUCUGUUUUAUUGUCUUGUUUGUCUCCCUCUGGAAACUUUCUUCUCAAAAGAACGUACAGUGCUUUUUAUAUAGGAGCAUGAAUAAUUCAUUCCUGAAUACAGAUAAGGGCUAUUGCUAAAAAGAGAGACUGGGCCUGAUUCUGAUUUCACUUAUUAUACGUUGUGUAAACCAGGUCUUAACUCUGCUGGAGUCCAUGGAGCCAGACUGCUGUAAAUAGGGUUUAGGAUUGGAGUUAGUCCCACUAAGACCACAAAGAGAAUAUUCAAGUCAUAAACAUGUGGGGAAAUGUCACUGUGGGUAUUCACAAAGCCCAAAGUAUAUCAGGGACACUGAUCUCUACGCUGAAGUCAUCAAGCCUCACCUUGUUGUGGAACUGAAACAGAGAGAGAAACUAAAGGCCAGAUUUUUAAAGGUAUUUUGGUGCCUAAAAAUGUAGAUGGAUACUUUGGAAAAUCCCAGUAGGUGCCUAUCUGCCUUUUUAGGCACUUAAAUACCUGGCCCUAUGGGACUGACUGUUUCAAGUCACACAGAAAAUUGUUGCAGAAGAAGGAACUGAAGCAAUGUCUGCUAUGUACAAGGCUGAUGCCUCAGCCACUGAACCAUCCUUCUGUCUAGUAUGAGUUGUCUGAGUGAUUUCAGAAGCCUAUGCUUUUUAUAUUGUUUGUCCUCUGCUACAUUUUGUGCUACUACUGCUUUGAUAAAUGCUUCUAGGACUGAAAUAUUCACUGGAAAAUUUGAUGCCUCAUUCUUGUAUCUUUAAUAAAACUCUGUGAGGAGCAAA